AUGAACGGGUACCUGACUGCAACUCCGCAUGCCAUGCAACCUAAACUUCCGUUCCCUGUCACCUUGGGGGCGAUCUCCUGGAGUACUGUUCCAGUACCAGGGGAGGUGAUCAAUAGCCCCCCGCAACUGACUCAGGAGAAGGAAUGCUUCCAGGUCCAGAUUGUUGGUGGAGAGUUCAUCCCCACUGCCUUGAUCCCAAAUAACAAUUACUUCUUCAGUUCUGCCGACUUUCGAACUCUGGCUCGCUUCGGAAGCCAGCUUUUCAUGUCUGAUUAUCCGAUUCUCCCUUCACCGCUGGGCCAGUGGCCCUAUUCAUUCUACUAUGCGACCUACUCUUCUGGCGGUGAGCCUCCUGGCAAUUCCAUGAUAGCUCUUUCCGCUGUUGAUGCCAAGUUUAUUGCCGGCAGAAAGCACGAAGUUCCCGAUGAAUCAAAUGCUGAUUACGACUACUUCGUGAAGCGAAAUACAAGUCUUCCAGACUGGAAGAAAACCUGCAAAGGAAACAACUAUAAAACCCAGGCCAAUUGGAAAAGUUUACGUAUGGAUUACUGGUUGCACAGUAUGGCUGAUUCCAUCUGGGAAGGAACAUCCAUGUCGGGUGCUUCGAGUGUCCCUAAAAAUUUGAACUUUCCUCAGGGAAUUAUGAAUCAAAUCACAGGCAACUAUGAUCAAUCCCAAUGCGUUCUGGGUGAUUGUAAUUUCGCUUUUCCUACUGGCGAUCCCUGCACAACAGGAUACUUCAACUCAUUCUAUAUUUUCGUUCUAUGGUCUAUCCAGAAUUUUGAGCAUUGGAUAGAAAACCUCGCUGGAACCGUUACUGCAACAUGUCAGGAUGUUUCAAGCGACGCGGGCUUGUUGGUUGAUACUUUCAGCGUUGACACUACACCACCUACACAUAACAGACUUUCUGAGUCAUUGACUAUACUCAUCGGUGUCUUUGGAGGUGCUGCUGCUAUUUUUGGCCUCUUUCCCGCAGGAGAAGCAGCGGCAGAAGGAGUCGAGGCUGGAGCGGCAGACGGAGCAGCAGAAGGAGGAGGAGCAGAGAUGUCAGGCGGAUUGGGAUCUGAGAGUGGUUCUGAGAGUGGUUCUGAAAGUGGCUCUGAAAGUGGCUCUGAAAGUGGCUCUGAGAGUGGCUCUGGGAGUGGCUCUGAGAGUGGCUCUGACAGCAGCGGAUCUGACAGCGGAGAUAAAGGAUCUAUAGGAGGGGGAAACAUUGCUACUGGAUUGGGUGUUCUUUCGGGUGCUACUGUUGUCGCCAACGGUGUUAUUGGUCAAAUGGCCAAGGCUUCCCCGGAUAUUGGCGAGAGGUUAGGCGACAGGACAGAUAUUAUCCAGGCCAGAAUUACUGAAACACAGGAUGCUCUUGUGAAAGAGAUUCGGAACUUUGGGAAAGUGAUCCUCGAGCAACCUGUGGAUGAAUCACAAGUUGGAUAUUCAUACAGCGACCACACGAACAGCGGGCCUUACGUUCUCAAAGGCGGCUACUAUGCUAAUGAGUUCCAGCCUGGCUUCCAUGUGAACUUCGGACAAUCUUUGCAAGGUACCCUGCUUAGUGGUGCUAUCUCGUGGAUCUGGCGAGAAGAGCAAGUGUACAUUGUGAAGGAUAGUUAUUCGAUCGCCGGCACUGCCCUUGACGAUAUGACUCUCGACGAAGACAUUUCAAACCGGACUUGCGACAACAAUGGCACCUGUUAUUGGUUCCUCAAGAACACGGGUAUGGGGAACUAUGAAGCCCAAGCAUUCAAAUCUGUCCCCGGAUUUGACAAGCUAGGCCAGUUUGGGGUUGAGCCUCUCCAAUUUGCGCAGGCCGCGGCAUAUUUCCGAUAUUAUGUCACCAAAUAUUGCCCGAAGCUAACGGUCAAUGGUAAGGGUUGGCCGUACCCAAUCCUUACGUCCUCAUCGAAUGAUGAUAGUCAGAUCGGUACUGGAUCUGGUGAGGAUGGGGGCGGAGUCCCAGCAGAGUGA